UAGAAAGAGAGUACGGUGCGUCGAUAUGCCAUCGAAACCGCUGUAGAUUGAAUGAAAUUUGUCAGUUUCAUCAAAAUCUCAUCUGCGUUUUGAUCUUCUGUGCGAACUUCUCGUCUCCCAUUUUGAAGACAUACUCGUUGUCGAAAACUCUAUUUGCGUUUCUCAAUCGACACGCCCGCGAAACCCUAAUUUUUGGUAUUUCAAUAUCAGCAAAAUCACCCUUCUCCCCUAUUUCUGAAGCACCGCGGGAGUUUUGGUGCGAAAAGUGCCGAGUUGUGGAUGAGAGUCUGACAUUCUUGCUGCUAGGGUUUAUUUCUUUCUCGGCCCUUGAUUAUGGGAGCUCUAACCAACAGUAGGAAGCGCCGGGAUGAUUAUUUCAAAGCCCUAGCUUUGGUCACACCCCCAAUUCCGAAUUCUCGUGAUCAUGUUUUGAAGAAGCAAAAGGUUUCUCUUGCCGUGGAGCAAUGCACGCCGGACGGUGGCCGGUCAGCAUCGCGAGAUUCUGUGGUUUCGAGGAUUGCACGUUAUCCGGAUUCGAAAACGGGGUUUUCAAGGGAAGUUCACGCCCCUGUAAGAAAUACGAGAUUUAGGCGUAAGAGUAGUGAAACUCUCUCGGGUUGUUCUAAGGAGAGCUCGCCUGGUAGAAUGGGGACAUUUAGUGGAUUUUCUCGAUUGUAUAAUAGAAUGAGGGAUGCAGCAAUGAGAAGUCUGAGAUACUUUGAUGUGAAAAAGGGGUUAUCACCUGAGAAACAUAAGGAAAAGGAGGUGAUCGAAAUCGACAGUGACGACGAGGAGGAGGAGGAGAGGAAGAAACCAAAUGAUCUCUCAGAAGAUUCUAGUAUUGAGGAAUUGGAGAAAGGGGAUGUGGAGAAUGUGCAGGAACCGAAUGUCGAGAAAGUUGAGAAAGAAGUGAGGUCUUUGGAGUCUUCUUUGGUUACAGAUGGAAGUGGAAGUAAUGUUAAAAUAAAGAUCGAUGAUGAUGAUGAAAAGAAGGGACUAGGGCAGCUGGAUGAGGUUCGGGAUGAUUUUGAGGUGCCUUCAUAUAUAAGGUUGCUUGAAGCAAUAAAGAAACGAAGAGAUGACAAGCUUACUAGCUUACAUUUUAGCAUAGAAUUGGUUGAAAAGCGUAUUCAAGGUUUCCAUUUAUUUCGACCUCAGACGAAAGAAGAGGAGGAGAUUAAGAAGGAUGUGGCUGAUGAAUGUUUUGUGCCUCUUACUGAGGUGGAAAAGAAAGAAAUCUCCGAUGCCCUAUCGAAUUUCAAUAGGCGAAAAGUUAUUGUGAAACAUGAAAACUCAAAUAUUGAUAUUACUGGACAAAUAUUGCAAUGUUUGAGACCCGGGGCAUGGCUUAAUGAUGAGGUCAUUAAUUUGUAUCUUGAAUUAUUGAAAGAGAGGGAAAGAAGAGAGCCACAGAAGUUUCUGCAAUGCCAUUUCUUCAACACCUUCUUCUACAAGAAGCUGAUAAGUGGUAAGGGCGGCUACAAUUAUCAAUCAGUGAGAAGAUGGACUACACAAAAAAAGCUUGGAUAUACACUUAUAGAAUGUGACAAAAUUUUUGUUCCUAUCCACAAAGAAAUUCAUUGGUGUUUAGCAAUUAUCAACAAGAAGGAGAAAAAGUUUCAGUAUCUUGAUUCACUCAAAGGAAAUGACAAGCAAGUUCUGAAUGUAUUGGCCAGGUACUUUGUUGAUGAGGUGAAAGACAAGUGUGGAAAAACCAUUGACGUUAGCUCAUGGGACAAAGAAUUUGUUGUAGAUCUUCCUGAGCAGGAGAAUGGGUAUGAUUGCGGUAUGUUCAUGAUCAAGUAUGCCGACUUCUAUAGCAGAGACAUUGGGCUGUGUUUUAACCAGGAACAUAUGCCCUAUUUUAGGCAGAGGACAGUGAAGGAAAUUUUGAGAAUGAAAGCAGAUUAGAGAUUCAUUGGUAGAUCAAUUGUGUUAACAAAUCACCGGAAUCUAGUGCACAUGGCUUAUCUGAAGGAGAUAUUGAAAUCGGAAUCGACUGCUUAUGAAUCAUUAAUCGUUGAUGAAUGCCAGUAACGGGUGGUUGAAAGCGUCACGCAAAAUUCAAUCCAGGUAUGAGGCAAUGGUUUGAGACCGGAACAUUUCAUAUUUUUCAGUGUAAAAAUGAGUCUAGAGUAAAAUUGUAAGAUUAUUUUGAAACUUCUAUAAAGUUUGAAAAGUGAAAUUUGUGGUUAGAAGUUGUGUUGUGCCUUUAAGUGAAUGCUAUUUUGAUUAGAAGAGUUGCAUUACAUCGUGUUAGCUGACAUGGUGCAUAAACUUUUAUUUCCGAUCUAACUUUAAAGAAUUGUCGUCUACUCCGCCAAUACAACAUUAAAGAACUGUGGGUA